UCACAGCCAUUUUCUGUCCUCGGUGCCGUAUUCUGCAUGUGCAAUGACUUUGAAAAAGGACUACCUGUGUAAGCGCACUUUCCAGUUCCAAUCUAGGGGUUUCCUUCACGUCCACUUUCAAACACCCGCCCCUUUCCAAAAGCACAGUGUAAGCGAACUUCCCACGUUCUGUAAGUAACCCAACCGCAAGCACAUUGUGCGAGGAAGGUCAUGCCUCCCGGCGCUCCUGGGGGUGGCGCGCGGCCCCGGACGCGUCCGGCGCACGAUCUGCUAAGACCGCGUGAACGUUAAGGCAGGUCUCCUGCCCCGUUUGUCUCCACAGACCCCCCUAGCCCACUCGGAGGUUUUCCUAACAGACCUGUUGGACCAAGUGUGCGAGCGGAUGAACCACUACCAGCUGGAAGAAGAUUCCGUGACUCGGGAGAAGAAGUUUAAGAGGUUUGCUCCAAGGAAAGGAGACAGAAUAUACAAAGAAUUUAAAAAAUUCCAUUUUUAUUCUGAUGCUUACAGACCUUUGAAAUUCGCGUGCGAAGCUAUUAUAGAGGAGCAUGAAGACGAGAUAUUCUCACUUAUCGCCCAGGAGGCACACGACCUCGCUGACAAGCUGUGCAGUGAGAAAGCAGAUCUCUGUGGAGCCUCUGCUAACCUCGCGGAGCUCCUGGAUGGCACCUCUACCGGUUACUGAGGAGGAAAGUCACAGCCCACAGGUCAACGUCCGUGUUCCUAUCUUCACGUUUCCUCACGAAAACAAAGUUCACGUGUCUCGUUUAUACGGUGUUGUCGCACAUAUGACAUUGUGUUGAAAAUCUGUUGUUUGGUGUCGCGACAGACCCGAUUCUUUGGAUAGGGGAAGUUGAGGACUGCAUAAAACAAAUUACCCUUGUGGAUUCGGAUACAGACAGGGUCAGGAGUGAAGCGUUUAAGUGCCCAGGAAGAAAAAACGGAAGGCAUUUCAUAAAUGAAAUAAGGAUUUGAUAACAUACACAAUAUCUUAUGCGCGUCUACAAGUAUAAUGUUCUAGUUGAUGAGAAAGAGCAUGAUUUGAGUUCUUAAAUGCUUGAUUGGUCAUGAAGGUAAGAAAAUAUAUUGCCACAAAUUCCA